UUCUCAGCCGGCGGAGACGCCGCCGCCGCCGCCACACCUAGUGGAGGAGCCCGGGAGGGCGGCUCGGUGGGGGCUGGGGACGGAAGGGCGGCGGGCAGAAGGCAGGAGGCUGCGGGGGAAGGGACCCCUAGGCGUCCGCCGCUGCUCGCUCAGUCACCCGCGCGGAAUUGGGGCGCAAGGGCCAUGGGCGCGCUCCCCUGAGGCGGAGGUCGCGGGCGGGAGGGGAGGAGGCCGCAGAGAGGUUGCGGUGGCCGCGGGCCGGUGACUGGGCGCGAGAAGGCCGGCGGCGGCGGCACCACUAUCACCACCACCACAACCACCACCACCACCACCAACCACCUUCACCUUCACCAUGUCGCGCUCCGUGCUGCAGCCCAGUCAGCAGAAGCUGGCGGAGAAGCUCACCAUCCUCAACGACCGGGGCGUCGGCAUGCUCACCCGCCUCUACAACAUCAAGAAGGCAUGUGGAGACCCCAAGGCAAAACCAUCCUACCUUAUUGACAAAAAUCUGGAAUCUGCUGUGAAGUUCAUAGUCAGAAAGUUCCCUGCUGUAGAAACCCGCAACAACAAUCAACAGCUUGCACAGCUACAGAAAGAAAAAUCAGAGAUUCUGAAAAAUCUGGCAUUAUAUUACUUCACAUUUGUAGAUGUUAUGGAAUUCAAGGACCAUGUUUGUGAAUUGCUCAAUACUAUUGAUGUUUGCCAAGUCUUCUUUGAUAUUACUGUAAACUUUGAUUUAACAAAGAACUACUUAGAUUUGAUCAUAACCUAUACAACACUAAUGAUACUUCUCUCUCGAAUCGAAGAAAGGAAGGCAAUCAUUGGAUUGUAUAACUAUGCUCAUGAAAUGACCCAUGGAGCAAGUGACCGAGAAUAUCCACGCCUUGGUCAGAUGAUUGUGGAUUAUGAAAACCCUUUAAAGAAGAUGAUGGAAGAAUUUGUGCCCCAUAGUAAGUCUCUUUCAGAUGCACUAAUUUCUCUUCAGAUGGUAUAUCCUCGAAGGAAUCUUUCAGCCGACCAGUGGAGAAACGCCCAGUUACUGAGUCUCAUCAGUGCACCCAGUACAAUGCUUAAUCCUGCACAGUCUGACACUAUGCCUUGUGAAUAUCUGUCUUUGGAUGCAAUGGAAAAAUGGAUUAUCUUUGGCUUUAUUUUGUGCCAUGGAAUCCUCAAUACUGAUGCAACAGCACUGAACCUUUGGAAGCUAGCUCUUCAAAGUAGCUCUUGCCUCUCUCUCUUUCGGGAUGAAGUUUUCCACAUUCACAAAGCUGCAGAAGACUUAUUUGUAAACAUACGAGGUUAUAAUAAACGUAUUAAUGACAUAAGAGAAUGCAAAGAGGCAGCAGUAUCACAUGCUGGUUCAAUGCACAGAGAAAGACGCAAGUUUUUAAGGUCUGCACUGAAAGAACUGGCUACAGUCCUUUCUGAUCAACCUGGCUUGCUGGGUCCCAAGGCGCUUUUUGUUUUUAUGGCAUUAUCCUUUGCCCGUGAUGAAAUUAUCUGGCUACUUCGUCAUGCAGAUAACAUGCCAAAGAAGAGUGCAGAUGACUUUAUAGAUAAGCACAUUGCUGAAUUAAUAUUUUACAUGGAAGAGCUUAGAGCACAUGUAAGGAAAUAUGGACCUGUAAUGCAGAGGUACUAUGUGCAGUAUCUUUCGGGCUUUGAUGCUGUUGUCCUCAAUGAACUUGUGCAGAAUCUUUCUGUUUGCCCAGAAGAUGAAUCCAUCAUCAUGUCCUCUUUUGUUAACACUAUGACUUCCCUAAGUGUAAAGCAAGUUGAAGAUGGGGAAGUGUUUGAUUUCAGAGGGAUGAGAUUAGAUUGGUUUAGAUUACAGGCAUAUACUAGUGUGUCUAAGGCUUCGCUUAGCCUUGCAGAUCACAGAGAACUUGGAAAGAUGAUGAAUACAAUAAUUUUUCAUACAAAAAUGGUGGAUUCCUUGGUGGAAAUGUUGGUGGAAACAUCAGAUCUCUCCAUAUUUUGUUUUUAUAGUCGUGCUUUUGAGAAGAUGUUUCAACAGUGUUUGGAGUUACCCUCUCAGUCAAGAUACUCAAUUGCUUUUCCACUACUUUGCACUCAUUUUAUGAGUUGCACACAUGAACUGUGUCCGGAAGAGAGACAUCAUAUUGGCGAUCGCAGUCUUUCCCUAUGUAAUAUGUUCCUGGAUGAAAUGGCCAAACAAGCUAGAAAUCUUAUAACUGAUAUUUGCACAGAACAGUGUACACUUAGUGACCAGUUGCUGCCCAAGCAUUGUGCCAAAACGAUUAGUCAAGCGGUGAAUAAGAAGUCAAAAAAACAAACUGGUAAGAAAGGGGAACCUGAAAGGGAAAAGCCAGGAGUUGAGAGCAUGAGGAAAAACAGGCUGGUAGUGACCAACCUUGAUAAAUUGCACACUGCACUUUCUGAGCUGUGUUUUUCUAUAAAUUAUGUACCAAACAUGGUGGUUUGGGAACAUACCUUUACCCCACGAGAAUAUUUGACUUCUCAUCUGGAAAUCCGCUUUACUAAGUCAAUUGUUGGAAUGACUAUGUAUAAUCAAGCCACACAAGAAAUUGCAAAACCAUCAGAGCUUCUAACAAGUGUAAGAGCAUACAUGAGUGUACUUCAGUCAAUAGAAAACUAUGUGCAAAUUGAUAUUACAAGAGUAUUUAAUAAUGUUCUUCUUCAACAAACACAACAUUUAGACAGUCAUGGAGAGCCAACCAUUACAAGUCUAUAUACAAACUGGUACCUGGAAACUUUGUUAAGACAAGUCAGUAAUGGUCAUAUAGCAUAUUUCCCUGCAAUGAAAGCAUUUGUGAACUUACCUACAGAAAAUGAAUUAACAUUCAAUGCAGAGGAGUAUUCUGACAUAUCAGAAAUGAGGUCCUUAUCAGAACUGCUAGGCCCAUAUGGUAUGAAGUUCCUAAGUGAAAGCCUUAUGUGGCAUAUUUCAUCACAAGUUGCUGAACUUAAGAAACUUGUGGUGGAGAAUGUUGAUGUGCUAACACAAAUGAGGACCAGCUUUGACAAACCAGACCAGAUGGCUGCACUCUUUAAAAGAUUAUCAUCUGUUGACAGUGUCUUGAAGAGGAUGACAAUAAUUGGUGUAAUUUUAUCCUUCCGCUCAUUGGCACAAGAAGCACUUAGAGAUGUCUUGUCCUACCACAUUCCUUUUCUUGUAAGUUCAAUUGAAGAUUUCAAGGAUCACAUUCCAAGGGAAACUGAUAUGAAGGUUGCAAUGAAUGUGUAUGAGUUAUCAUCAGCUGCUGGAUUACCUUGUGAGAUUGAUCCUGCCCUGGUCGUAGCUCUCUCUUCACAAAAAUCAGAAAACAUAAGUCCAGAAGAAGAGUAUAAAAUUGCCUGUCUUCUCAUGGUCUUUGUGGCAGUUUCUUUGCCAACACUAGCCAGCAAUGUGAUGUCUCAGUAUAGCCCUGCUAUAGAAGGGCACUGCAACAACAUACAUUGCUUGGCCAAAGCCAUCAACCAGAUCGCUGCAGCUUUGUUUACAAUUCACAAAGGAAGCAUUGAAGACCGUCUUAAAGAAUUUCUGGCGCUUGCAUCCUCCAGUCUACUGAAAAUUGGCCAGGAGACAGAUAAAACAACAACAAGAAAUAGAGAAUCUGUUUAUUUACUGCUAGAUAUGAUUGUGCAGGAAUCUCCAUUUCUAACAAUGGAUCUUUUGGAAUCUUGUUUUCCUUAUGUUUUGCUGAGAAAUGCAUACCAUGCUGUCUACAAGCAAAGUGUUACAUCGUCUGCAUAAAAUACCUAUUGAAGACAAGCACGCAUUUUUGUUGCCUCAGUUUUACCUGUAAACUGUGGAGCUAUUUUACCUUAAGGCCUGAAAAACAGUUUUGUGGAUUAUAAAUUUCUUUCAUAUGGUUGUGUUUUCUGAUCAUUGGUUUCUUAAUAUUGUUGUACUACAAUAUACUUGGUUGAUUUAGGUUGCACACUCACUGAAUUCACAAAAAUUAUUCCUAUAAUUUUUAGAGUAUUGUUUGAAAAAUAUACAUUAUCUAUGUUUUUGAUAUUUGAUAAUGAAAAAAACCUUUGCUUGUUUAUUUCUGAAAAAAGAAUUGUAUUUAGUGAUUAUUUUAGAUAGUGAUAUAGCAUUCAUCUGUGUGUAAAUUAUUUCAUAUAGGAAGAGUUCUGAUCUGUACUUAUGGUUCUUAUUGAAAACAAAACUGGAUGUGCAUUUCUGUGAUGUUAUGAAUACAUUCCUACUUUAUUUUGAAACAUUUGCCAAACUAAAUACUAUAACACUGUAUAACAUUAAAAAUGUUAAAGGACUGCUUAGCAUUAGAAGCAGACUAUGUCCCGAAAUUCUAAAACAACAACAUAUGUUGUUGCUUGUAUAAAGCCUAGUGAUAAUUAAUUUUUAGACUAACUUCCAUGGUGCCCUACUGGCAUUAGCACUACCAUUGUACCCUGCUGUAUAAUAAACAAUCUUAGACAUUUA